AUGAUGGUGCUGAGGCAAAUACGCACGAGCGCAUCACAGCCAUACGCCAACACCCAGUUCGUGCAUGCGCCCGCAACACUGCGCACUACGUUUAUUACCGAUCCUAUAGCACACAUAACUACUUUUCUAAAAUCGGAGGUGCGAGGCGCUUAGUAUUCAUUUUUUUUAAACACCCAUUGUGUCGGCUUUAGCGCUCGUGCACCGGGCGGCUGAUGAAAGAUGUGCAGCGCGCGCUGAAAGCUGAAGAAGAUCUGUAGAUACGCAUGACAUUGGGCUCUGGAAAGGUCUGCAGAGAACAAUGAGCACCGCGUUUCACCAGCAGGCUGUCCACAGUCCCCUGGAGCAGCAGAAGGGCCAGCGGCAGAGUGGCCCGGUCCCCUGUCAAAACUGUGGCAAACCCUGCAAAGGAGAGGUGCUCCGGGUGCAGAACAAACACUUCCACAUCAAGUGCUUUGUUUGCAAAGUUUGUGGAUGUGACUUGGCUCAAGGAGGGUUUUUUGUGCGUCAAGGCGAGUAUAUCUGCACUGUGGAUUACCAGCGACUCUAUGGCACCCGCUGCUUCAGCUGUGAGGAGUUCAUUGAAGGAGAGGUUGUGUCUGCCCUGGGCAAGACUUACCAUCCACGCUGCUUUGUUUGUGCCACCUGCAAGCAGCCGUUUCCAGCUGGCGACCGCGUGACGUUUAAUGGGAAGGAGUGCAUUUGUGAGAAAUGUACUCAGCCUGUGCCAGUCAACAGCACGGCUCCCCCACAGGCUGUGCACAAUUGCUGUGGAUGUGGAAAGGAGUUUAAAAAUGAGCAGUCUCUGGUGGCGCUGGACAAGCACUGGCACCUUGGCUGCUUCAAGUGCAAAGUGUGCAAUAAAGUGCUUAAUGCCGAAUAUAUCAGCAAGGAUGGGAUCCCCUACUGUGAGGCAGAUUACCACGCCAUGUUCGGCAUCCAGUGUGAAACCUGCAAGAAAUACAUCACCGGAAAAGUACUUGAGGCUGGAGAAAAACACUACCAUCCCACAUGUGCCAGAUGUGCUCGCUGUGACCAGAUGUUUGGGGAAGGGGAGGAGAUGUACCUGCAAGUAGGUUCUACCAUCUGGCAUCCUCCUUGCAGACAGGCAGCGCGUAUGGAGGAGAAGAGCAAGGUGACGCGAACCUCCUCUGAGAGCAUCACUUCUGCUCCAGCCUCCAGCGCCUCAGGCUCCCCUAGCAGAGUUAUCUAUGCAAAACUGGGUGAUGAACUUCUGGAUUAUAAGGAUCUGGCUGCUCUUCCUAAAAUCAAAGCCAUCUACAACAUUGACAGGCCUGACAUGCUUUCAUACUCGCCCUAUGUGAGCUAUCCUGUGGAGGACAGGACUUUUGGAGAGUCACCCCAGCAACUAACGCCUACUCCAACUGAGGGAGAUGGGGAAAAGUCUCCCCGUCAGAGGAGGCCCUCGAGCCCCAGCUCCAACAGCUCUUUAGGAGGCUAUGGUCGCUAUACGCCUUCCCGCUCACCACAGACCUACAGCAGACCAGACCAGUAUCUGAGCAUCAAAUACACCACCCAGCCAGAAAAUUCCCACUUGCUCUCUGUACCAACCUCGGGGAGGAGUAGUGCCCAUGGUAGUGCCAGAGGCUCCUCCCCGCUGCCUCUGUACAACAGCAGUGGUAGAAACACACCCCAGGCAGCCCUGCUUCUCAACCCCACUACUCUGGCUUUACUCCAGCAGCACAACUACAUCCCUUACUUCAGAGGUAGUGAAAGUGGGCGCAGUACCCCCAGUCUCUCCACCUACUCUGAUGGCAAAUCUCCAUCGUCUACAUAUGUGGCAGCCCCACGGCAUUUCCAUAUCCCAGAGACUAAAGUCAAAGAUAAUAUCUAUAGAAAGCCCCCUAUCUACAAACAGCAUGCUUCCAGAACCUCCUGGCAAGAUGGUGAUGAUGUAGACAGAAAGACCAGGACCAGUUGGAUGAACCUGAAGACUGAGAUUGAUGGACAGUCUCCAGAGCUAGACCCCAGGACCUCCACACACAGCCUGCCCACUGAUAUGUCUCAACCCAACUUUCCAUAUAACAAGUCUGCUUCCCUGCCAGGAUAUGGGCGGAACGGCAUAUACAAGGCAGCUGAUCUUGGUGAGGAUGAGGCAGACCAUGAUUCAUCCUGGAGUGGAAUGAGAGAGUACAAGGUGUACCCAUAUGACAUGCUAGCUGUGUCCCACAGAGUCCGAGUAAAACUACCACGUGAUGUGGACCGCACCAGACUGGAGAGGCACCUGUCACCAGAGGACUUCUACAAUGUGUUUAGGAUGACCAUUGAACAGUUUGACCGUUUGGCCUUGUGGAAAAAAAAUGAACUGAAGAAGAAAGCCCGCCUGUUUUAAACCACGCUGAAUCGCUUGAAAGAAAGCAAAGAUAAAGAGAAAACCUCUUCUCAUCCGUCCUGUGCGCACUGAGGGAUGAGUGUGAGAGAAAUAUAUAUGCACCUCCGUUCUGCUGCAUAGCUAUUGCCAUCCCAUCUCACGCUGAGGAAGAGGAAGUGCUUUCACAACGCUGUUCGCCACCAAGCUUCAUGUGUGAACGCCACAUCACAUGGUCUGAAUGUUAAUCCGAGACUGGAGUCGGAACUCAAUUCUCCACGACUCUCUUUGAUUGUGUUCGAUUUCGCUCCCUCGGCUGUCUUUGUGAUUACUGCGUUGUAUUCUCUCUUUGUGGAAAAAGCACUCAAUAUUGAUAUAAGCCUCUUUCUUUACAUUUUAUACAGUUGAUAAAACACGGCCAAGCAGCUCUACUUGUAAAUCUUUAUGCUGUGUAAUAACAUCCAAUGUUCCCACUCCCCUUGUCUUUUGCUAUGAUUGUCGUCCAAUGUCCUUGUCUACUCAUAUAGAGUGCAUUAUUCUGCCUCCCUACCACAUCAGCAGAUCUGGUUCCAGAAGUAUUUUUACCAUUCAAUUUUCCGAUAGGGAUUAAAAAAAUGUCAUUAUCAAUAAUUAAAUGCUAUGUGAAAAAUCAAAAGUUUGAUUUGAAACAUAAGAGAAAAAAUCCAUCAAAAGAAAAGGUUUACAAAGAACUACAAUCUCAUGAAGCAUUGCAGAUGACACAGUUGAAAUCAGUGGAAAUAUAAAACUCUUCAUGUAAAGUUGUUGGUUGUAUAUUUAUACCCCAACGUCAAGUUAAAUACUGGUAUGCAAAAUUUUCAGGUAUUUUGAUUGUUCACAGCUGGUCCUGCAUCAGUUCACGAUUGAUUUACCAAUCAAAUGAUUCCUAACUCACUAUAAAUAGCCAGAGUUUUCUUUUCUCAGUAUCUUCAUCUUGAAGAUGCGAAGUCCAAAAACACGCAACCUAAGUAAAUUGAACAUACCAAAUUAAACCAUAGCCAAGCUCUUAGCAAGUGUACUUCACUCCUUAGACAUACUGUAUUUGUCAUUAGUCAGAAAUAAGACAGGGAGAGUUCAUCGAGAUCUACCUGAGCUUAAACUCCCCUCUCGCCCUGCAAAUGGAGGGAGCCCAGGGCUCGAGAAUCUCAUAAGCUCAAUCAACUAUUGAAUGCAAUUUAGUUCUAGGUUUUUUGUCUGGUGAAAACCAAACUAGUGCAGAAACAUUUUCUGGAGUCUUAAAAUUAAAAGUUAAAAAUCAUAAUUUUUUUUUACUUACUGUUGAUAGGGGGCGCUAAAAUGUUUAAGCCACUAUUGCUAAAAUUAUUUUAACUCUUGAACAGAAUUAUAAACUGUACCUUUACUAAAGUCUAAAUAUGCUUGUGAAAACUCCAUUUGUGGUCACAGUAAACAAUUGCAUUUGGCCAGGCGGUGGCACUAUAACCUGAAAACACACAAACACAAAAGAGCUGAAAAACCAUGGUCUCAAUGAACUAUUUGUUCUAUUGGCUUCCCUUCAGAUCAGAUACGUGAGCCUGUGCAAUGAUAUUUUGGAUUUCGCUUCUUAGCAAAAUUCAAGUUUAGUGAACUCUAAAGGCGUAUCUAUUCACACACUUGCAACUUCGCCAAAUUAAAAAUGCAAGUUCAUGCCAGAAAUUUAACAUGUCCUUGCGUUGAAAAGUUCAAGUUUGGUGAACUCUGACCUGCAAAUUACUAUCAUGUGAUUGCAUGAGACCCACAAAAGUUCAAAACUUGACCUCUCUACAGAAUAUAUAAAACAUGGAGGAAUUGCUGGUAUUAGCGUAGUCGUAUCAUCUUGUUUUACCACGCCCAUUUUCGUAGCAUUGUCCAAAUGCAUUUUUCUUAAUCAAAGACUUGAGUGACUGCCACUUAAUUUGCUAAUUCAAGUCACAUGAAUUUCUGAGACUAAUAGAAGAACAGAACAUGACCUCUCUGUACAGAAGUUUAAAACGUGGAGGAAUCGCUUUUUUAGCAGUGCCGCAUCAUCUUGUUUUAUCCUGCCCAUUUUCGCAAAACACCGUCUCAGUGUGACAGUAUCUAUAGAUGUACUUAGCAAAAGAAUGUAAUCUCAUGAAGCAUUGCAAAUGACACAAUUAUAUGUAAAACAACGGAGGAAUAUAAAAACUUAUUUAAAGUUGUUAGUUAUAUCUAUACCAAUAUUUAAUUAUCUGGAUCAGGGGUUCUGAAACUUGGUCCUGGAGGGCCAGUGUCUUGCAGAGUUUAGCUCCAACUUGCCUCAACACACCUGCCUGGAUACUUCUAGUAUGCAUGGAGUUUGAUUAGCUGGUUCAGGAGUAUAUAAUUGGCGUUGAAGCUAAAACCUGCUGGUCACCGGCCCUCCAGGACCGUUUGGGCACCCCUGAUCUAGAGUGUGUAAACUGAUUUGUUAUUUGAGGUGGUUCAUGGAUUGGAUGAUCUCUGGUAGCUCUUUGCUCGCUUUAACUGUCCGAUUGGUACAAUUUCUGUAAAGCAUUAUGGGAAAUGCUGGACAGAUCGUCAGAAAAAGCAUAUACAAUUGGUUAACAACAUUGGAGCUCACAGCAGGUCUGCCUUUAAAGGUUUUCCCUAUAGAAAAAAUGAAUGAGUUUUUACUUCUGGAUCCUAACUGCUUUAUUGUUUGCUCAGUGUGUUUCUCUCGCUCUUUUAACCUGCCUGUUCCUCUUUAUACCUCCUAAACAUGAUACUCAGCCACUGCUUGGACUGUAAAAUCUAUCAUGUAUUAUCAGCUUUAUGGAAGCUUUGUCGUUCAUGGCUUUAGCAUGACCAAGCCAAAGACUCGUUCAGAGCAAGAAGUCAACAAAGCACCUUACAUGUGACCUAACCAGACGUGGCGCAAUAAAACGACAAACUUUUUUUAAAUGUCCUUUCCAGCCUCAAUAGUGACAAACAAAGAGCAACAGAACUCUUGUUUGAUCGAUUGGUUUCUAGUUUCAUGACAUCUCACUGUUUAGCCCUGCCCACUGUGAAAUCUCACUGGUUCCUUGAAACAUCAUUAAAGGGACGCUUAACAUAAAAAUAAAGUGUUGCUCUUCAUUCAAAAAAUUCCCCUGCUCAGUUUCGGCACUAAAUGCAGCCACAGCCUCUCACAUGACAGCAGGGAAAGGCUCAGCCAAUCACAGUGAUCAUUUGUUUUGGGGGCGGUACAACUCGAGUAUAGAAUGUGAUUUAACCCUUUCUGCAUGUCUAGGUUAAUACUGACAGCGUGAUUUUUUUAAAGUGAAUUAAUUAUAAGUGGGGACAUUUCAGUAGUCGGUGGAUAUUGGUCUGGACACGUCACUUUUGUCCAUGCUAAAUCUACGCCCAUGCUUAUAACAAAUAUCUUUAAGUGUCAUUCGCUCUGCUAUGACAUUUUAAAUGCAAUGAUGGCAAAGUGUGUUCCCUGCAGACACAGGACGUCAACAUGACGUCAUAUUGACGUUGUACCCAACGUCAUGGGAACGUUGGAUUUUGUUUGGAAAUGAAAAUCGGGUUGAUGCCAGAACCCAUAUUUAGGCCGACAUCAAUGUCCAACGUUUAACAGCAAAUCAACCUAAAAUCAACCAAAUAUCAAAGUCUAAUCAUGUUACACCUUGAUGUUGUGUGGACGUUACCAUUAUGAUAUCUAUCAGAAAUUGGAUUUCGGUCACUUUCCAACACAACCUAAAAUCAAUCAAAUAUCAACAUACUUUGAUAGCAUUAUUGGAUGUCAAAUUACAUUGUCCUUGGACACUGGCUAGACAUUGAAUUUUGUCACUUGCCAUCAUGACCUAAAUCUAAACUAAUAUCAAUAUCUUAUGAUGUUGUGUGCCUGCUGGGUUAUGACAAAAAGACGGAAACAAAUCACGUGUUUUUGUCUUUGGCAUGACAACUUAUUACCAAGACAACAAAACUUGUCAUAAAUCUUGCAUAAACAUGAUUGUCAUCAAGCCAUUAUAUAUGUGUCAUGAAUUUUAUUACCGCGUCAUUCUUUUUUUUUUUUUUUACCUCAACAACACUGGUACAAGCUGAAUUUGUCAUUAGAAUGUCAUUAAAUAUUAAUGACACUGUUAAGAAAAUAUUUGACACUUUUAAUGAAACAUUUUAAUGACAAAUACUGAAAAUUGUCAUCAUAAAAAUGUCCAUGACACAAUUAUAAUGGCCUCAAGACAAUAAUGCUUAUGACCAGAUAUGUUGUCUUGGGAAUGUCAAGUUGUCAUGACAAAGACCAAGACUUGUGUUUUAUUUAUGUCAAGUUCUCAUAACGAACAAUGUGAUCUUUGCAUUUAAAAUGGCAUAACUGAGCAACAUAAUAGUAUCACAAGCAUGCAUAAAACCUCAUUUACAUUCAUGACAAUGUCCUAUGUCAUUUUUAUAAAGGUUUCAUGACAGUCUUUUGAAAACCUCUUAAAAUAAAGUGUUUCUGUUGAUACAUUGAGGUAUUAUGAAGUAAACAAUUGGUCUAUACAAGAAACUGAACCUUAAUUACAACAUUACAUUUAUUCCAUAUAGUCUCUGUGCAAGAUCACAAAUGAGCUGAAGUUCCCUUUAAAUAUGCAGUGUCUUCUCAUUGGCUGUGAUUUGUGUCACAUCAUGCUUCAGUUUUUGAAUAUGUCAUAUUGCGCCUGGUUAGGAUACAGUGUUAGUUGAUAUGUUCCUUGUUAAUCGUUGUUGAAUGAUAGUGAGUGUGAACAGCUGGAACAAUGCAUUGUUUUUGUGUUAAAUUAUGUAUUUCUUUGCUUCUUCAGGUAAAUGUGCAAUUCAUCCUCAGAGAUUUAUCAUAUCACAGUUAUUCAGUAAGACAUUUAGACUUUGAAAUUGAUAUCUGAACAUCACAUACUCUUUCCAUAUAUAUUGUGCACAAUACGCACAAUCAUAAACGCAUCAGCCAGACAUGGCAUCUGUCUGUAUUGUUUUAAUCUGCACAAAUGAAAGUACUCACGACAGAG